UCACAGGCAAGGAUGUGGACUGUCCCUUCCUGUUUUAGUGCCGAGAGAGCCACCGUACCGACUAACACCGGAGCUGGAAUACAGACACACAACGCGAUUAUGUCGGGAUUUUCGCCCUGUUUGUCCACCACACGGAGACGUCUUUCCCACCGUGGACCGUGCGGGUUUUUGUACCAGUGAACGCUGUUAUGUUAUUCCACGGGUAGCUGGUAACAUAGCAGGCCUGUUUAUUGCGCUGCCAACCCUUGUUUCUUCUCUCAAUGACUGUCCUCUCCUCAGUCCUUUAUGGCGGAGACUAAAAUCAUAUAUCAUAUAGACGAGGAGGAGACCCCGUACCUGGUCAAACUGUCCGUGUCCCCCGAGAAAGUCACGUUAGCGGAUUUUAAAAAUGUCCUCAACAACCGACCGGUCAACAGCUACAAAUUCUUCUUCAAAUCCAUGGACCAGGAUUUUGGGGUCGUCAAGGAAGAGAUUUCCGAUGACAACGCCAAGCUUCCGUGCUUCAACGGGAGAGUAGUGUCCUGGUUGGUCCUCGCUGAGAGCACCCACUCUGAUGGAGGAUCUCAGUGCACAGAGAGCCACCCGGAGCUGCCCCCUCCCCUGGAGAGAACAGGGGGCAUCGGAGACUCCCGCCCCCCGUCCUUCCAUGCCAACGCGGUGAGCAGCAGAGACGGCCUGGACACCGAGACGGGGACCGAGUCUCUCCUGAGCCACCGCCGAGAGCGAGAGAGGGAGCGCGCACGCAGGAGAGCCAGAGAAACCGAGCUCCCUCGCAUCAACGGUCACUCCAAAUCAGAGCGCACAGCCAGGGACUCGGCCAUGGGUUACGACAGCGCCUCAGUAAUGAGCAGCGAGCUGGAGUCCAGCUCGUUUGUUGACAGUGAGGAAGACGAGGAUGCAAGCAGGCUCAGUAGCUCCACAGAACAGAGUUCAUCCUCACAGCUGAUGCGCAGACACAAACGCCGCCGACGGAGGCACAAAGUGGCUAAAAUCGAUCGGUCCUCAUCCUUCAGCAGCAUCACAGACUCCACCAUGAGCCUCAACAUCAUCACCGUCACACUUAACAUGGAAAAAUACAACUUCCUGGGUAUCAGUAUUGUUGGUCAGAGUAAUGACCGGGGAGACGGAGGUAUUUAUAUCGGCUCCAUCAUGAAAGGCGGAGCCGUCGCUGCUGACGGAAGAAUAGAACCUGGAGACAUGCUGCUUCAGGUUAAUGAUGUAAACUUUGAGAACAUGAGCAAUGACGACGCUGUGAGGAUCCUGAGAGAGAUUGUUUCUAAAACUGGUCCUAUUAGUCUUACUGUUGCCAAAUGUUGGGACCCGUCUCCUAGAAGCUACUUCACCAUCCCCCGUGCUGAACCGGUGAGACCUAUUGAUCCCGCAGCCUGGAUUUCCCAUACCACCGCCCUGACAGGACCUUACCCACACUACGGUAAAAACCACCAACCACCACCUCCCCCACUCGCUCUGAAACAUCCCUGCUGUGAGUUUGAUGACUUGCCUCUAUCUGCCAGUAAAACGGACAUGGCUACCAUCGUCAAGGUGAUGCAGCUGCCUGACUCCGGCCUUGAGAUCAGAGACAGGAUGUGGCUGAAGAUCACCAUUGCAAACGCGGUCAUUGGUGCUGACGUGGUGGACUGGCUUUACUCCAGAGUAGAGGGAUUCAAAGACCGGCGGGAUGCGAGGAAGUACGCAAGCAGUCUGCUGAAACACGGCUACCUGAGACACACCGUCAACAAGAUCACCUUCUCUGAGCAGUGCUACUACACGUUUGGAGACCUCUGCCAAAACAUGGCAUCUCUCAAUUUAAACGAGGGAUCCAGCGGUGGAGGUUCUGAGCAGGACACUCUGGCUCCACUCCCUCCCACCAGCAACCCCUGGCCCCUGGGCGGGCAGCCAUUCCCCUACCCGCCUUUUCCCUCUGCGCCCCCCAGCUUCCCGCCAGGAUACUCAGACCCAUGCCACAGUUUCCACAGUGGGAGCGCAGGCAGCCAGCACAGUGAGGGAAGCCGAAGCAGUGGAUCCAACCCCAGUGCAGGCAAAGGCAAACGCUCCUCCCCGCAGGAGAAAGGUCAGAGGUCAACAUGCAGCGAAUCAGAACCCCGCGUCCAUGGAGGAGGGAGGCGCGCCGACAGGUCCGCCAGCCAAAUGAGCCACCACAGCCAUGCUGUCUCCAGUCACAGUCACACCCGAUCCAAUCUCAGCCACAGCCAGUCACACCGGAGUCACCCUCACUCACAGAACAGCCACCCCUCCUUCACCUACAGCCACGCCCCCUUCACCCAGCCUGGGCCGGGCUCGUGUGCCCACAGCGAGCGGAGCCACGCCUCCUCUUACGGCCCCCCAGGCCUGCCUCCCCCUUAUUGUCUUGCCCGUCUGGCCCCCAAAACCCCAGUCAGCAGCAGCACACCCCCAGGAGCCCCUCCUGGGAGAGAGUUAGCCGCCGUCCCUCCUGAGCUCACUGCCAGUCGUCAGUCCUUCCAGCACGCUAUGGGUAACCCCUGUGAGUUCUUUGUUGACAUCAUGUGACAGGACAGUGCCUUUAAAACUCAUGGAGCACAAAAAUAACAAACCAUCCCCUUUUUUUCUCAAAAUCUCUCGCCUCUAAGAUCAGAAUGUAGACCCCGGCUGGCCCUCUACCUUUCCCCUGCUAUCUAACUUUCUCUCUGAUGAUGUCUGAGUAAAGGCAAACAGGCAGCAAAAGCACAACACAACACGAGGGGUCCUCUGUGGCUCUUUUGUAUUGACGUGACGUGUACAGUUUGUGAAAUGUGAGUGGUUUUCGGUGUGGUGAUUCUUUAAAGCUGCUGCGGAGACUGCUCUCUGUCUUGGACUAUUUUCUCUUCUGCAAGACCUUUAAACUGGCUGGGCCUGGAUCUCAAUCCCCCAGACCCAGACCCACUUCUACAGUCCGAACUUAGGAACACUUGUCUGCGUCUGGAACAUGGAAUUUAACCCCAGACUUGUGUGCUAAUGAAUUUUAGCACCUUAUGCCAAACCUCUUGCCCAAUCAAGGCUUAUUGAAGUUCUUACCCGCUCUUAACUGCUAAAAGGCUAACUUUGAUCAGUCCACGCUUUGUGGAUCUCUUCGACUUCAUAAGGGAGGCCCUGUAGGCAGCCGUUAGUCAAACUAAGCUGCAUAUUGCAUGACUGUCUCAACUGCUUUAAAGAAAAUACAUCUUAUGAAUACUUUUGUCUGAAGUAUUACCCGUGUGGGGGGAGAGGAACCUCUUGCCAAUGUCCUAAAAGAGGAAUCCGUACACUGGAUAAUUUUUGUGAUGUUAUUUAUGUGAUCAUGUUACAUUGAUAGUGUAAUUCUUUGUCUUCGACGACUUACUGACAGACAAUCAGACAUCACCCCUUUGUGAUUCAGUGGCCGAGUCUCCACUGUCCUCGCUGUGCUUUGUCGAAUGUAUCAUUGUUCCUGUCAGUGAUGAAACCCUGGCAUUCAUCAUUCUUUGGUCAAAACACGUUUUAGGUUCUGAAGUCAACUCACAAACAGGAUUGCAAACAGUGUAAAACAACCACAGCUGUGGAAGCGAACUAAAGAGUUGAUGCAAGAUUCAACCAGUUUGCUGAAAGCAUCAUGGUUGCCUCCUUUGUUUUGAUAAAAAGUCAGUGCGAUAAAGCCAAAGCCUCACAUGUGUGUGGUAAAUCUGCUCUGUAGGAGUUGUCUACAGUGUAAAUGUCUUAGGAUUCAAAUCUGACACUUCUCAUUUUACAACCUCAAAGUGAAUUCAAGGGGAAUCCUGGCCUUCAGAUUCUCAUCUCCUUGCAAAAUAAUGGCAACCCCCUGCAAUACCUACAAUUUACUGUAGAUGCAGGAGGGAAAUAACAUACACACACACGCACACACACACAAAUACAUACACAAGCUAGUUUUCUGAGCACUUUCCCAUUUAGUAUUUCCCUCCCCUUAGUAUGAAACACUGUUUGCAAUCAAAGCUUUCUCUUUAAUUUUGUUUCUUUACAAAAGAAGAAUAAAUUGUACAUAGAAAUUUAUUAUAUAUAUAAAUAAAAAUAUAUAUGUUCAAAA